AUGAGGGUUGCUAUUUUGAACUGUGAUUUUGCUAAGAGAUACCUUGAGCAGUAUGGAGAUUUUGCAGAUAUGGCGAUCACUAUGCUGGAAAAAACACGCGGUCAAUGCGAAAUGACCGAUUUUACAGUUUACCAGGUCCACAAGAAUGAAUUUCCGACCUUAGAUAUUCUCAGGGAAUUCUCGGGCAUAUAUAUUACGGGUUCCGAAAGUGAUUCGUUUGAUAACAGCACUCCAUGGAUCAUUCGCCUACGACAACUAGUGGCUGAACUUUUGAAAAAUGAAGAUUACCCACCGAUCGCAGGUGUUUGCUUUGGACAUCAAAUUGUCGCGUCAAGUCUGGGCUGUAAAGUAGCACGCAAUGUGAAAGGAUUUGAGGGUGGAAUUGUUGAUCUGCAAUUGACUUCCGAUGCUGUGAAUGCAGGCCUCUUUCAAAGAAGCCCCGAUUCACCAACUAAAAAUUUAAAGAUUGUAGAGGUUCACCAUGACAUUGUGUAUGAGGUGCCACAGGGUUAUACGAAUGUUGGAAGCUCCUCUAAAUGUAGCAUUCAAGGUCUCUACAAAAAAAAUAGGCUUUUCACUUUACAGGGCCACCCGGAGUUUGUAACCGAGGUCUCAUCACGCAUUCUGGAUAACAUGUAUCAAUGUAACCACUUGACAUCAAAAGAGCGGAAUGAUUUAGAAGCCAGUUCCCAAAAACAGGACAACCAGGGGUACUUUGCCGCAACCUAUAUCUGGAAAUUAUUCUGCCAAGAUAUUUGA